AUGGAUAACUCUUUGAUUCCUUGGUACCACAUGGAUGGCACUUUUCUUUUUCACGAAGAUGUACCAAUCCCAACCAAUAAUAUUUUCCACCUUGUAGAAGAUGACCAAACUCUCUUUCCAGAUGUUCAAAACCCUAAUAUACCACCUUCAAAUGAUUCUGGACUUGUCUUUGAUUCAAUACCAUCAUGUCAUGUUGAAACCAAUCAGGCUGUCGCCGCCGCCGCAGCCACAGCCACCGCCACCGCCAUGACCGGCAAGAAGCGGAAGAAGGUGAGUAAAUUACCAUCAGAAUCUCAACAUGAUGAUAAGAAUGAUCAGAAAGCUGCUUUAGAGAAGAAACUACGGUAUCGGGUUCUUCAUAGAGACAUGGAGCGUCAAAGGAGGAAAGAAAUGGCUGAUCUUUAUGCUUCUCUCAGGAAAUUACUCCCUCCUGAAUGUUUAAAGCGCAGUAUUGUGGAUCAACUACAUCAGGUUGCAAACUAUAUCAAACACAAAAAAGAGGAGAUUAAGGAACUUGAACUUAAUAGAAAUAAGAUCAGAAACUCGUUUGGUAAUAAAGGGAAAGGCGUCCAAGUUAACAAUGUUCUUGCAAGAAGAUUGUGGUCCAAGGUUGACUUCACGGUCAGAUCUUGCUCGGCCGGUGGAAUUGAGAUUCUGAUUAACGGCAAUUCAUCAGAAGAUGGAAAUUGUUUUCCCCUAUCGAGGGUGCUGAAUGUUCUGCGCGACGAAGGUUUGAAUGUUGUCAACUGCAUGAACACCAAAGUUCAUGAAAAUUUCCAUUGCAGAAUCCAUACUGAAGAUCGAGAGGGAGCCAGUCAAAUGAAUGAUACGGAUCUAUGUUCCCUGCAAAGUAAGCUUGAUAAAGAAGUACUUGCUUGGAAGAGUUUGAGUCCUAGCUAGCACAUAUAUAUGUAUGCACUUCAUUAGUUACGACGAAUUAAUUUUCGUUAUAUUCCUUCCGUCUCAAAACAACAGUUGAGACAAUUAUUUUGAAAUAGAAGGAAUAUUAUGCAGAACCUAGUGAUACAUACAUCUAUAUGGCUUCAGGUUGCUAUCAUAUGGUAUCAUGAAUUUAGCAUCUCCUGCUAGUUUUAAUACAAUGUUUUCAUUUUGGUGAAGUCCAAG